AUGGCGUCGUCCCAACCUCCUGCCUCAACGUAUACACAAGGCCAUUCUGCCAGUGCCAUCGCCUCUCAUACCAGUCGAACAGUAUACAACUCAGCGGCUUUCUUGCUUCCUCAUAUCAAACCCAAUUUUACGAUCAUCGAUCUUGGCUGUGGACCGGGCACAAUCACCUGUGGGUUUUCUUCCCUGGUGCCUGAGGGCAGCGUCAUCGGAGUCGAUGGCUCGAGUACAAUAAUUGAGCAAGCAAGAAGGAGGGCUGUUGACUUAGGCAGCCGCAACCUGAACUUUCUAGUCGCUGACAUCACACACCCCCUUCCUUUCGAGAACGAUUCUGUCGAUGUGAUUUACAUACAUCAAACUCUGUGCCACAUUCCUUCCCCAGUUCCUGUGGUUCAAGAAGCGUGGAGGGUUCUCAAGCCUGGUGGCCUGAUUGCCAUGCGAGAAUAUGACCAUAUGAGUUGGUAUCCACGUUUCCCCGGUGUCGAUGCAUAUACUGCUGGUUUGAAUCGCUCAAUCUCCGCCAGUGGAGCCCAAGGAGCUGAGUCGGGCCGAAGGCUGCAUGCGUGGGCUGCCCAGGCAGGCUUCAGCAAGGCCAAGAUGCAGGUCAGCGCAGGAACUACAUGCCAUGUUGCCGCAGAAGCAAAGUGGUGGGCGGAAGUCAGCAUCGGCCGGUUGGAAGGUGAGAUCGGCUCCAAUUGGCUGAAUAGUGGUACGGUCAAGUCACAAGACGACAUCGAGAUCAUGAAGCGAGAUUUGAGGUUGUGGGGAGAAAAUGAAGAAGCUUGGUACACAGCACUGCAGGGUGAAGUUCUUGCUUGGAAGUAA